CGAAAAACCUCGAGUGAGUGAACAACAAUGGCAGCUAUGAAGCUUCUACUCUCUCAAGCUCGCCGCCAAGGUCUAAUCAAACCCUUUUCAUCUCCAUUUCAACAAAUCCCUAGACUCUUCUCUUCCUCUUCAUCAUCCGAUUCGAAUCCUUCUCCCGAUUCAAACGAAUCUCUCAAAAAGCCUGUUACAAUCGAGCCAGUAUCAUACGCCGCCAAACCCAAGGAUCCGAAAUCUGAACCCACAAAUGUUGAAUCGACGGAGAACCUUCAGUCUCCGGAAUCAUCGAACUGGACUCGUGAAGAAAUCCGAUAUGUGAAAGAUUCUCCUUCGAUCAAUCCUGUUUCUUACGCUCAGCGUGUGGCUCCGCUUCCGGAGGAUCGCGUCGCCGGUGAGAAUGAAGGAGAAAGAACUCCGGAGGAGAUGGAGAGGGAAAGGAAGAGGAUUGAAUUAGAGAAUCGAGCUAGAAGAAGGUUCUUAAGAGCUAAUGCUGUUGAAGAAGAUACUUCUUCACUUCCUUUGCCAACUUUGCUUAAACCAGAGCUGAAGCAUGGAAAGAAACCUAUUUUCGAUCUCAUGGAGGCCAUUAGAGAGAUUAAGGGCAAUGCCAAGGCGAAAUUUGAUGAAACUCUUGAGGCGCAUGUGAGGUUGGGCAUUGAAAAAGGCAGAUCUGAACUGAUAGUUCGUGGUACUUUGGCUCUACCCCACUCUGUUAAAAAGGAUGUGAAAGUGGCUUUCUUUGCUGAGGGAGCUGAUGCAGAGGAUGCAAAAGCUGCAGGAGCUGAUGUCGUUGGUGGUCUUGAGCUUAUUGAAGAAAUCUUGAAAAGCGGCAAGAUCGACUUUGAUAGAUGUCUUGCAACUCCAAAAAUGAUGCCCCGUGUUUACAAGAUAUCAAGGAUUCUUAACAAUCACGGUUUGAUGCCAAACCCGAAACAAGGUAGUGUGACCAAGGAUGUUACGAAAGCAGUCAAAGACGCAAAAGCUGGACAUACCAAAUUCAGAAUGGAUAAAACGUCUAUUCUUCAUGUGCCACUUGGAAAGAUGAGCUUUCCUGAAGAGGCUUUACGAGAGAAUGUUGGUGCGUUUAUGAACGCUCUUUUGCUAGCAAAGCCAGCCGGAUUGAAAAAGACUUCAAAAUAUGCUGGUUAUGUGAAUGCAUUCCACUUAUGCAGUACGAUGGGAAAGGGUUAUCCGGUAUCGAUACAGUCGUUAUCUAGAGCAGCGGAUCUCCAUACCAAAUUACAGCUCAAGUGAGCUAGUAGACUCCAAAAGAUAAAAAUCUUAAUUAUCCCGGAAAGGUUGAUUAAACUGUUUUCCAAAUACUGAAUCUUUGAAACAUUAUGAUUUGUUGUCUCUUAGGUAGUCUAUUGCUCAAUUGAUCGAAUUGGCUUCUGUCUUUUUCUCCUUUGUUUUUGUUGUUUGAGAGCAUAUCAUCCGCUUCCCAUAAAGGCCCUUCACUUGAAUAAGAACAUCAUAAAUUU